AGCACUAUACCUAGAUGCAGAUAUAUUCCUCUUUGAUGAUCCAUUAAGUGCUGUUGAUGUUCCAGUGGCAAAACAUAUAUUCGAAAAAUGUAUAAUAGAAUAUUUGAAAGACAAGAUUUGCAUUCUUGUUACGCAUCAAAUACACUUUUUAAACUCUGCAAGUAAAAUUUUACUGUUAAAUAAGGGAAAAUGUGAGUUUGCUGGCAAUUACAAACAGAUGGAAAACUCUAAAAUGCUUAGAGGAAUUUUGUCAAAGAAAGAAAUAGCUGAAAAUAGCAAGGAUUUAGAAAAUGUACUUUUUAAUGGUGAUGAAAUAAUUGAAACUACUGAAUCUGAUUUGAUUGAUGACAUUGGAGAUAAUAACAGCAGCAAUAAAAAAUUUCAAGAGAACAAAUUACCACGAGAUGACGAAGGAGACGGAAAAGUAGAAAUUUCAGUUUAUAAAGCUUAUUUGAAUGCUGGUCCAGGUUUUUUCUUCAAGAUUGUUAUAUUCAUUAUUCUAGUUGCAUCUCAAGUUAUUACAAGUGCCAGUGACUAUUGGUUCUUCAAAUG